AUGUCGUCAAACGUUGAACGGAGGGCACUUGUAACCGGUGCAACCGGUUUGCUGGGCCGGGAGAUCGCCGCUGCCUUUCAGCAGAGCCCUGGGUGGGCUGUCAAGGGCACAGGGCACUCCCGAGCUGAUGGUAUUGAUAUACUCAAAGUAAACCUUGAGGAUGAGGAUCUUUCGGAGCUCGUGGCUGCCCUUGAUCGCACCAAACCACAGGUCAUUAUCCAUUCUGCCGCCCAAAGAUUCCCGGAUAAAGUUGACAAAGACCCCGAGGGAGCCAGAACACUCAACAUUGCAGCCAGCAGGCGGAUUGCCAAGUUGGCAUUGUCUCGCGAGAUCCUGCUCAUAUACAUCUCGACAGAUUAUGUCUUCCCAGGUACCCCUGGAGAUGCUCCAUACGAAGCAGAUGCGAUUCCCAAGCCGACAAAUUUGUAUGGACAAACCAAGUUUGAUGGAGAGCAGGCUGUUCUAGAAGAAGCCGCUAAAGCAGGCAAUCCCGGUUCUGUCGUGGUUCUACGUGUUCCAGUCUUGUACGGCCAUGCUGAAACGCCUGCCGAGAGCGCCGUAAAUGUCUUGAUGGACUCUGUCUGGAAAGCCCAGACCGAGGGAUCUAACAUUAAGAUGGAUCACUGGGCUAUUCGGUACCCUACCAAUACUGAGGACAUUGGUCGUGUCUGUCGAGAUGUGGCGGCCAAAUAUCUCGAUGAGAUUCGGGCUGGUAAUCGCACGGCUUUACCGUCGAUCCUCCAGUUCUCCAGCGAGGACAAAAUGACAAAGUACGAGAUUUGCCAGCUGUUCGGUCAGAUAAUGGGACUGGACAUAUCGAAUAUAGAGGCAAAUACCCAGGGAAAUGAUCCAAACGCUGCAGUACAGCGCCCAUAUGACUGUCACCUUAGCACAAAAGCGCUGAAGGAUUUAGGUAUCGACGUUUCCACGUGCAACUUUGUUGAUUGGUGGCGGCGAGAGGUUCGAGCGUUUGGCGAGUAG